AUGUCGCCUGCCGUGCGGACGGCGCUUCUCGGGAGCGCUCCGGGCUGCAGCGGCGCCGGGGAGGAGGUAGAGCCUCCUCUCGCCGCAUCCAGGGAUGCUGCGGGCAGAGCUGGGAGCCCGCAGCGCUGCCCAUCGGCCACCUUUGCAAACUUUCUGCUGAUAUAUGAUAGUUUUGCCCAGUAUCUGGUUACAGAGAAGGGUUAUGACGAAGACCUGCUGACUCUAGCUCCAGACAACUUAGACUUCUGUUGUAAAGGCUUGGUGUUGGACAUUGAAGAAGGAAACUUCGUGAAACUUGCAGAAGAUGGAACAGUUUUAAGGGCAAGCCAUGGUACAAAGAGCAUGACACCUGAAGAGAUCCUGGAGACGUAUGGAAGGAGGGAGUGGAAGCAUUUUAAUACAGUCAGUGGAAUGGUUUCCCGCUCAGCUAAAUACUAUUUGUAUGAUAAUUACUUUGACCUGCCAGGAGCCCUCUUGUGUGCAAGGGUUGUGGACAGCUUGGAUCAGCUGCAUGAUGGUCAGAAAAAAUAUGACUUCUGGAAGGACAUGGUGGCUGCUAUCCAGCACAACUACAAAAUAACAGCUUUUAAAGAAGAUUGUGGGACAUAUUUCCCAGAAGUGAAAAAUCAUCCAGACAAAUAUUUGCAAAGAUGUCCUGAGUCUGUAAAAAAGUGGCUGAAACAACUGAAGAGUGCUGGGAAGAUUCUGCUAUUAAUUACUAGUUCUCAUAGUGACUAUUGCAGGCUCCUGUGUGAACAUAUUAUUGGGAAUGAUUUUGAGGAGUAUUUUGACAUUGUGAUUACAAAUGCUUUGAAACCUGGUUUCUUCUCCCAUACCCCAAACCAAAGACCAUUUCGAACUCUUGAGAAUGACGAGGAGCAGGAAGCUCUGCUAUCACUGGACAAGCCCGGGUGGUAUUCCCAAGGUAAUGCUAUCCAGCUUUAUGAACUACUGAAGAAGAUGACUGGCAAGUUGGAUCCCAAGGUUGUUUAUUUUGGUGACAGCAUGCACUCAGAUAUUUUCCCAGCACGUCACUAUAGCAACUGGGAAACCGUCUUCAUCUUAGAGGAGCUUCUAGGAGAUGAAGUUACAGUGCCUGCAGAGACUGAAGCUGAGCCCUUGGAGAAGAAAGGAAAAUAUGAGGGAGAUCAGCUCAAAGCUCCUUACUUUAUAUCUAGACAGUGGGGCUCUUUCUUCGUGGACAGAGUGCCAGGCCUGGAAAAUGCAGAGGAAACUAUAGUUCGCACAUGGUCCUGUAAAUGUAUUAGCACUUAUAGCACUAUUGCAAUCCCUACUAUUGAAGCAAUAGCAGAUUUACCACUGGAUUACAGAUUUGCACGAUUCUCAAAUAGCUCAGCAACUGCUGGGUACUACCCAAGGCCUCCAAGAGCACUGCUGCCAAAUGAGGAGUCAGUGACUAUGAAAUAG